UUCAAGAAAAUUGUAAAUUUUUUUAAGAGUAGUUAUUUUUUUGUAGCGAUGGCAGAUAUAUUUUUUAAAUAUUUAUGAAACUGCUGGAAGUAAAUUAAAAUAAAGAGGUAACAAAAUUCAAAGCAUAUGUUAGUUGGCUCUGGGCUGAAAUGACAUUUAUUCGCAGUCAAAAAGUAUCCGUGAAAUCGGCUGUUUGCGACAAAAUUUUACUGAAAUAAUUCACACAGAAGAAAAAAAUAUACUCUCCCUCGGCUGGUUAAUAUAAAAAUGUCAAAUUUUAUAGUGGCUUAUUAUAAAAAGAAAACCCAAGUCUAAAAUCUAUCGAUACUUAAAGCGCCAAAUAAAAUUUAGUUGCCAAUGUCUUUUUUAGCCAUCGACCGCCUGUUUUGUGGAUGCCCGCGAUUUGGCCGCAAGUUCAUCAAUACGUCGCGGGCGCUGACCUCUGGCUUGUGGCGCACAAUGAUCGAGCAGUCUGAUGAAACGGCAGAAAGUGGUGGAAAGCACAGGACGGAGCUGGGGUACAGUACCUGCUUUGGAUUCCUUUUGCACCGCUGCAAUGCGUCCUUGGUAUACGUUGCGCGCCGACGCUACUCGACGUAUGAAAAGACCUCUACGCAAAUUCUAUCUAAACUCUUUCCCCAAACCUCUACUGAGCCCAACGACGAGGAGAGUCGUGAGCGGCGCAAACGAGAGGAAGAGGAGGAGACAAGGGAAAUGGAGCGGGCUUGGAAGCGGAUGAAACUCGGCUUUGGACUCGUUGGUAUAGGAGGUAUAUUGUUCUCGUUUUGGGCCAUUUAUUACUUCGGAAAGCCAUCGCUAGAUGACCAGGGAAACGAAGUUAUAGACGAGUUCAGUGAAUUGCCCCUAACGCAGCAGUAUAUGGCUCGAACAUGGAAGUCGGUGAACCACUUUCAACGUUUCAUUCAAGAACCAUCGAGUCAGAAGCUACUUCCCGAACCUCUUCAGGCUCCAUAUGUCCAGCCAGCUUAUACCUUGGUACUUGAGAUUAAGGAUGUGUUGAUACAUCCUGACUGGACUUACGAAACGGGCUGGCGCUUUAAGAAGCGCCCCGGCGUUGACGUAUUUUUGAAGGAAUGCGCUAAGUAUUUUGAAAUCGUUGUUUACACGGCGGAGCAAGGGAUUACGGUGUUUCCGCUGCUCGACGCCCUUGAUCCAAACGGCUUUAUCAUGUAUCGCCUGGUUCGCGACUCAACACACUUUGUUGGGGGCCAUCAUGUGAAGAAUCUUGACAACUUGAACCGAGACCUAAAGCGAGUGGUGGUCGUGGACUGGGAUAAGAACUCCACGAAGUUUCACCCUUCAAAUUGUUUCUCGAUCCCACGGUGGACUGGGAAUGACAAUGACACGACCCUCUAUGAUCUUGCCUCGUUCCUUAGUGUUUUGGGCACAAGUGAGAUAGAUGAUGUUAGAGAAGUGCUGCAGUACUAUAAUCAGUUUAAUGACUCCAUAUCGCAGUUCCGAGAAAAUCAGCGAAAGCUCAGUGAACAAAUGCAAGCUGAUGAGCUGGACAGGAAUAGCAAGUCUAAGCCGAUUGUCAAGAAUUGGACCCGUGGCUUCAUAAAGCAUUAAUAUGGUUGUAAUUCUGAUGUGUCAUUUGAAUUUUAACUCGAAUAAUUCCAAAAACAGUUUGUGUUCUUUUAGAACCCGCAUAAUUUGCAUUCCAGCUUUUUCAUAUCACUUGUUAUGGUCAGGACAAUCCUUCUCAGUUUUUCCAGUUCAGCAUUCCACCUAUCAGUUCCAUGGUCGAUGUUGUUCAUGCUUGCGCGCAUAAUUCGUUUAACUAAAUCAACAUUUUAUUGCUCCUUUUUCAAAAUCCUCCUUAUACCGAACUGCAUUUGUUUUGUCUCCAUAGUGUUAUGUCGCCGUUUUGAUAUGCUCCAUGUGUACACAGCUAGCAUCAUAGAAUAUAUCAGCACUAUUGCGAACAGCACCGGUCUCUGAAUUUCCAAAAAGUGUGUACGAAGAACAUGACUUACAGUUUCUUCAAAUUCUAAUUUCUUAUCGAGAUUGGACAUCCUCAAAGUUCUUUUCACGAGGGCUUUAUAAUAAAUUUAUUUUAUUUUUUGAAAAUAAAUGUAUUGUAAAUGGUAUGACAUUUAACAAUAGAAACAUAUGUCCAAGUACAUUUAAUAUAAAUUUUUAUCAUACAGUGAGCGGAAAUUACAUUUAAAAAAAAAUCAGGAAUCUUGUUUCUUAAUAUAUGUUCAUUUACAACCAUAUAUAUUGGUCUUUUAAGAUUACAGCAAUAUAUUUUAAUUUCAACAUGUCGGGCGACUACAUUUG